GUAACGAACAACAAUCCGUUGACCAUUUACAAGACCCAAGACACCGUCAACAACACGAUCGCCGUUGGAUGGCGUUCAUCGACCAGUUCGACUUCAUUCCCGAUCAUAUUCCGGGGAAGUCAAACCGUUUUGCGGAUGCUCUUUCACGGCGUCCGGAUCACUGCGCCGUCGUCUACUCGACCUUCGAGAUAGAGGAUGACUUGCGGGACAGUUUCAUCCGCGGCUAUCAAGCUGACCCCAAAUUUCGCGAGAAGUACGCAAAUUGUGCCUCUCCCAAUCCGGCGCCUUCGCACUAUCGGAUCCAAGAGGGAUACUUCCUCGUCCACUCGUGGGGGAAGGAUCUACUUUGUGUGCCGCAAGAUUCACACUUGCGCACGAGGCUUCUUGGCGAGUUCCACGACGCCCCUGCAACCGGACACUUUGGAGUCAAUUGUACGAUUGGCCGACUCUGCGAGCGCUUUUGGUGGCCCGGUCUUCUCGACGACGUCACGCGCUAUUGUGAGUCAUGCGAGGUUUGCCGAUGUUGCAAAUCCCGCAAUCAUCGUCUGUAUGGCGAACUGCGACCAUUACCGGUCCCCUUGCGCCAAAGGGAAGCGAUUGCCAUGGACAUUACCGGGCCGUUCCCCAAGCACAAGACGGGUGUGGAUGGGAUUCUCACGGUGGUUGACCGACUCACCAAGUUUGCCAUGUUUUUGCCUUGCCGCUAUCACGCCAAGGCACCAGAGUUGGCCGAGGUUCUCUACGCCGGUUGGAUUCGAACCAAGGGUUACCCCAAGGAAAUCGUCUGCGACCGUGACACUUGGUUCAUGUUCGACUUUUGGUUGGCGCUCAUCAAACGAUGGGGCUCAUCCCUCGAGCCAAGUUCGGCUCGCCACCCCCAAACCGAUGGCCAAAUGGAGAGGGCACAUCAGACCGCACAGGUCCUUCUUCGCACUCUCAUCCGUCCCGACCAAAAGGAUUGGGUCGAGCGGCUGCCGGAUGUCGAGUUGGCAUACAACUCGUCCAUCCAUCCGGCUAUCGGGAUGUCGCCCUUCGAGUUCGAGCAUGGCUUGCCGGUCAAUUCUCCGUUGGACACAAUCAUCCCACGGGCGGCCGAGAGCGACGACCAUCUUCUCUUCAUUCAUCGGAUGCAAGAGCUUAUUGCCAAGGCACGCGACCAGAUGUCAAAGACGCAGCAACGUAUGCGCCAACAGCCCAACCGCCAGCGUCUUCCUUGUCCGUUCCGCGUCGGCGACCUCGCCACCACCAUCCUCAAAGAGAGAAGAGAGAAGAAGGAAGCCAAGAAAAAGGCCUUGAUCGAGGAACAGGCGGCGAAGUUGAGAAAGAUUGAGGAGGAGAUGGCCAGAGAGAAGGAGAGGCUAAAGAAAGAAGAGGAAGAGAAGUUAAAGGCGGUGGACGAGGAGGAUGAACAGGAGGUACGACUGGAAAGAAGAAGAAGGGAGCAAAGAGGGGAAUCCAGUGGUACACAAAUUGAUCAGUUGGAGAAGAAGAUUUCAGAGUGGGUGGCCAAUUUGUCCCUGGGAGAAGAUGAGGAAGCAAUAAUGUAUGUGCCCAGGGAAGAACAGGAGGCGGCUAUGGAGUGGGAGGCAGAAGAGGACCCACUCAAGCGACAAGUCAUAGAAAAUGAUAAGAGGAUGGAGUGGAAGUUCCGCCUAACAAGAGAAAGGAAAGCGAGAAUGGAAGCAGAAGAGAAGCCCAUUGACCCAACUAUUGCCAAGCUGUUGGAACAGUUUAAGGACUUAGCAAAGCCGCCGACAGGAGUAGUGCCGCGGUCGAUCCAGCAUCGUAUAGAGAUAGAGCCUGGCAGUAGAACUCCCAAAGGAGCAGUGUACAGGAUGUCCCUGCAGGAGCUGGAGGAGCUGCGUAAGCAACUAGACGAGCUCCUAGAGAAGGGUUGGAUUAGGCCCAGUUCGUCUCCAUUUGGAGCACCAGUUUUGUUCGUCCCCAAGAAGGAGGGAGAGCUUAGAAUGUGUAUUGAUUAUAGAGGUCUCAAUGCCAUCACAGUGAAGAAUGCAGAGCCGUUGCCCCGUAUAGAUGAUCUUUUAGACCGGGUGCAGGGAUGCAAGUAUUUUUCAAAGAUAGAUUUGAAGUCCGGAUAUCAUCAAAUAGAGGUCCAUCCUGAUGAUGAGUAUAAGACCGCAUUCCGGAGUAGGUAUGGGCACUAUGAGUUUAUAGCCAUGCCCUUUGGACUAACAAACGGGCCAACGACCUUUCAACGUUGUAUGAAUGACCUGUUUAGGCCGUGGUUAGAUAGAUUUGUAGUAGUGUACUUAGAUGAUAUUCUAGUAUUCAGCAAGACCCUCCAAGAGCAUCAGGGUCAUCUGAGGCAGGUCUUGGAGAAGUUGAGAGAAGCUAACUUCAAGAUCAACCCGAAGAAGUGCGAAUGGGCAAAGACCCAAGUUUUGUACUUAGGCCACGUCUUAGACGGAGACGGCAUUAAGCCAGAGGAUAGCAAAAUCGCAGCGAUUAGGGAUUGGUCUACGCCCCGCACGCUGACAGAGUUGCGAUCGUUCUUAGGCCUAGCAAACUACUACAGGAAGUUUGUGAGAAACUUCUCUACCAUCGCUGCACCCCUUCGCAGAUUCCUGAAGAAAGAAACAAUCUGGAAGUGGGAUAAGGACUGCACGUCUGCCAUGAAGAAGUUGAAGCAGGCGUUGAUAGAGUAUCCAGUCCUUAAGGUCGCCGAUCCAUCCUUACCUUUCAUUGUUACCACUGACGCAAGCCAGUAUGGCAUAGGUGUUGCACUACAGCAAGACGAUGGCAGCGGAGAUAGACCCGUAGAGUUCGUGUCUGCUACGAUGCCUUCAGAGAAGGUAGCGACAUCCACCUAUGAGAGGGAACUCUAUGCUCUUAGGCAAGCACUAGAACACUGGAAGCACUACUUGCUUGGGAGGCACUUCAAAGUCUAUUCAGACCACGAGACGUUAAGGUGGUUGAAGACGCAGGCCAAGAUGACACCUAAGUUGACCAGGUGGGCCGCCGAGAUAGACCAGUACGACUUUGAGCUCAAGCCAGUUAAGGGCAAGUACAAUGUAGUUGCGAAUGCUCUAAGUAGGAGGUCAGACUACUUUGGGGCGAUAGUCCAUUAUCUGGAUAUAGGGAAGGAGGCAUAUGUGUAGGAUCCUAUCUAUAGCGACCUUCUUGAGAGAGUAAAGGAGGCCCCAGAGA